ACCUUGUGUUUUUGUAUUCGUUUGAUAAACCGGUUUGAUUAAAGUUCAGGUACGAUGUCGGAUAAUGACAAGCAGGAUCAGUAGUAAGCGAAAGUCAGCGGGUGCCAGGCGAACACAUAUUCCACCGAAUUCCGGUGAAGCAAGCUUCAUAAAAUGUUUCUCCACACAGAAAGCCAUAAGAUAUCUCACCGAUGAAGAGCUAGCAGAAGUAAACAAGAAGAAUUAUCCUGUUGAUAAAUUCUGUGACCUUGCCAGAGCUUUUGAUUGUAUGGAUUACAAAAUUCUAUUUACAGGAUCAGUUGAAGGAGAAAAACUGGACCUUGUUAUAUUUGGUGCCAGUGGCUUUACUGGAAAAUAUACUACUGAAGAAGCUUUAAGAUUAUCGAAAGUAAAUGAUGGUUUUACAUGGGGAAUAGCUGGUAGGAGCUCUAAGAAGUUAAAGCAUAUUUUAGAUGAUAUCAGUAAGAAAACAGGGGAAGAUUUGUCACACAUACCAAUUAUAGAGGCAGACCUGCAGAAUUUUGACUCACUACUUCAUAUGGCCUCAAGAGCUCGUGUUGUUGUGAACUGUGUUGGUCCCUAUAGAUUUUAUGGUGAGCCAGUAGUAAAAGCAUGUAUAGAGAGUGGUGCUCAUCAAGUUGAUGUUACUGGUGAAAUUCAGUAUAUCCAAAAACUUAUGCUCAGCUACAACACAUUGGCAGAAGAGAAAGGUGUUUUCAUUAUUAAUGCCUGUGGUUUCGACUGCAUUCCAACAGACAUGGGAGUAGUGUUCCUGCAAAAUAAGUUUGAAGGUGACAUAAACUCUGUGGAAGCAUAUCUUGAGAUCGACGUUGAUGUCAAGGAUCGAAAGGGACCCGCCAUACACUUUGGCACCUGGGAAUCUGCUAUUCAUGUAACAUCCCAUUAUGGUGAAAUCCAGUCACUGCAACGGAAAUUGUUCCCUGAUAGAUUACCACGACUUACUCCAAAACUAAAACAACGGUUGCUGCCUCAUAGAAGAUCUGACGUUGAGGGCUGGUGUUUACCAUUUCCAGGGACAGAUAUUGCAGUUGCUGAGAGUUCCCAGAGACAUUUUUAUAAAAAUGAAAUGAAACGUCCUGUGCAAUUUAACAUGUACUUUGUGCUUCCAUCAUUGUUAACCACAAUUGGCUUCAUCUUCAGAGCUUUGUUGGUGGGUCUUCUGGCACAGUGCAGACUUGGAGUUAAAUUUCUUCUUAAGCAUCCAGGAAUGUUUACAUCUGGUUAUGUAACUCAUGAAGAUCCCGCAGAAGAAAUCUUGAAAAAUACUCUCUUCAGAUUUACGCUUUUUGCUGAAGGAUGGAAGGAAAGAUUACCAGAACCAACACCCAAGAAUGUAAUGCCAAUAAAUAAGAAAGUAACUGUACAGAUUAAAGGAAGAAACCCAGCGUAUGGUGCCACUUGUACUGCUCUUGUCCUUUCAGCAGUGACAAUUAUUAAAGAACGUGAAAAAAUGCCAGCUAGGGGAGGUGUGAUUACUACAGCUACUGCAUUUUCAAAGACAUCCUUAAUAAAAGAGCUGCACAAAGAAGGUCUCACAUUUGAUGUAAUAUCAGUAGAAGAGAACUGAAAGCCAGAUAUUGUACAUUUUACUUCAUGCAGAGUCUUUGUGUGCUUGGUUAAUAUCAUAGAAACUGCCUUGUUGUGAGAGGUUGUAGAAAUUUGGUUGUCCAUUGAAGCUUCUAGUCUAUUAGUGAUGUGAACACCUCUCUUAUGAUUUGUACUAGUUGUUGUUGAAUUUGUACGCACAGACAUGAUUCAUAGAAACAGUCAACUUCCGUAUCCAAAAGCAACCAAUUAAUCAGUUAAUCACUCAGCAUAUAGCACAUAGAAAGUAAUGUUACAACAAUUUUCUUGAGACUGUAGUCUCAGAUUCCACAACCAUAUACUACUCAAAAGUGUGAAAAAACUGAAAGGGAUGCAGUAUAGACCUAUGAGGGAGAGUAACGAAUCUCUAAAGUGAUUUGUGAGAAAUGGUGAAAAUAAGCAACUGUGAGUCUUGACCCUCCAAACUGAGAGUUGUAACAAAAUCUGACCAAAUUAAUGUGUUGAUGGUUGUGAACUAAUGAAUGUGGCAUAAUGUCAUAAUGUGUCAAUCAUUCAGUGCUUGUAAAGCACAAAAAUGAAGAAAAAGGUCGAAAACUGUUGACUUGGAAAAAAACUUGCAUCAUAAUUGUUUGAUGAUGUGUGAAACUGCACACAGUGGCAAUCAAAUCAUUGUGGGGAAGUUUGUUGCCAUCUUUCCUAUGCUUUCAAUGUAUGCAACAUCCAAAAAGUGUUUGACUUUCACAAUUCUAAAAAAAAUAGAAACCUACAAACCCAAACUGGUCAGAAUGGAAAGGCACAAAGAGGGGGAGGGGAGGGGAGGAUAGUAUGUUGAAUAUGUUUUCCCUCCUUUUUAGCAUAAGAGAGGUGGACAGUCUCUAACAUUUUGAAAAAUUUUACUUCCUUCUUAUAUGGGCCACUCUGAUAUUACUAUUUCCCACCUUUUUAACUUUGUACUGUUGGUGCAUUUUGUCAACAAAUUUUAAUUUUCAGACAUUUUUACUGAAGUUGUGUAAUGGGGGAGGGUGACGAUGGAUCUCAUCUGCAUAGCCAAAGUUGGUACUAUACACUUAAUGAUGUGAUCCAUCUGUCUGCUUCAGUUUAACAUUUAAUAGAUCUUCUAGCUUGUAUUUUAUGAAAAAUUUAAUGUAAAGAGUAACAUAUUAUGUAUCACUGUAGUUCCCUUUCUGAGAUAACGUCUUCAAAUGCCAUAUAAAAUGUGUAGUGUUCUACUGAAAUAAAACUAAACUUAUUCUUGUGGCUUUCCAGAUAGAGAAGUUUUUCCUUUUAACAGUACAUGAAAAUAUUUCUCCCUUGACUAUUUUCUUCGCUAUGAAAUAUGAAAUUUCCAAAGCACGUGCUGUCAGAUUACAUAAUUUCAAAGCAUUGUCAUAACUGUGGCCAAUAACAAGAACCUGCUGUGUUAGGCUAUAUGAUGUGUAAAGUUUUUACUAUAAAGUUUAUUUCAUUUUGAGUAAGAAAGAUUGUACUGUGUAGAAAAUGCAAGACUUUAGAAAUUGAAUUUUUCAUUUCUAAAACAGUUAUCCAAGAAAUGAAUGUAGUUUUGUGCUUCAUUUCCCCCAAAAAUGUUUUUAGCUCACAAAAACAUGAUUUGUCACCAGAUGUUGUGGGCUAGUGUAAACUGGGCUUCCUCAGCAUAAAGACCAUCAAUGUACACAAUGUGUACAUCAGUUAAGUCAUGUUGUUCAGAAUCACCUCUUGAAAAUAUGGAACAAAAGCCACAACUCCACACUGCAUGUCACAGAGCACAGUAAAUAGCAUGAGCACAGCUACAGAUCCUAUGGAUGAUCGAAACAUGGAAAAAAUAUCCUGAGGUAAUGAGUUGCACCUGUGGGGAAAAUACCAAUGACUGAAUACAGGUGUCAGUAACUACAUCAGAUGAUGCACCCUAUUUGCUAAUAGGGCACUAUCUAUCGAUGUGCUGAAGAUAUUUUCCUGUGUGGAUGAUGCUUACAUGGGUUGCAAUGGAAACCCUGAUAUGUCUGUCAUCAUCUGUCAAGAAAACAUACUGCUCAGUCACAUGCAACUAUUUGUUCACCAGCAGCACCUUGCAUGUCAUUUGUUCUUUCAGCAAGACAGUGUUUCUUCCACAAGUGCUAGACCUGCAAGGCAUGCAGGAGAACUUUUGUAAAGUUUGUUAAGUAGGAGUGACGUGCUGACAGAAGUAAAGUGGUAAAGGCCAAUCACGGGUCAUACCUGUAUAGCUCAGUUGGAAAAAGUGUUGCCCAUAAAAGGCAUUGUUCCAAGUUUGGCCAGCAAGCAGUUUAAAUCUGUUAGGAAGUUUCCAAACAGUACCCACUCUGCUGCAGAGUGUAGAUUUCAUAAUGAAAUCUGCCAUCCCAUUGCUUCCAAAUUGUGGCAGAUUCAUUUGAGGAACACUUUAUUGAUAUGAGAGAGCUUCUUUGGCUUCACUAAAUAUCUCACAUUCAUCUCUAUAGAGUAUGUCUAUGUAUCAUCAAAAGAAGUAUUUCCACUUGGGCCCAGCUCUGACCAAUCUUUUUAAUUUAUAGGCAGCAAAUGAGCAGUCAUGGUUAAUAUGACUCUCUUAGAUAUGUUCAGUGUCUCAUGGAGUCUAUUCCAUGAUUCAAUGCUGUCAUAAGGAUGAAAGGGACUGCCACAUACUGCUAGAUAUGUGUCUUUUAUUCAGUUGAUCUCGAAUGCUUUUCAUAGUUUUUGCAUAUUUGUUGUAUGUAACUCAGUGUUUAGGUGUAUUUAAUCUACCGACAGAGGUUGCUUUUUAAGAUUUUCACCUUUGCGUACAUGUGCUCAACAUUUAAUGUAGCAGAAUAAAACAACAUUUAAUGAAAAUUACAGUUCUGAAGGUAACAAAAUAUCUGAUGUUAGGUUGUGAAGUUUAUGUGAAGUUAUGAAAAUGAAAGAGCUUAUCUUGUAACAUUACUGGAUUACUGUACUGAUGAAAUUAGAUCAACUUGAGAUGUAUCAAGACCAGUUAAGAUAACUGCAACUAAUUUCUAAAGAUACUGAACCACAAAGUGAAAAUAUGUCAAAAACAAUGUAAACAAAGUCCCAUUUAUUAUUCACAGAAUUCAUAUGUAGAAAAGUAAUAGAAAGUAAUAGUAGUUACAAUACAGUUAACUGUAAAAUCACAUCAUUCACCUUAGGAACAAAAUUCAGUCUGUGUUUGUAAAUCUAUUAACAAAAAAAAAAAAAAAAAAAAAAAAAAAAAUAGAAUAUUGUUACAGAUACAUAUUUCACAUAAUUUUAUCACAAACAUUGUAGUAUUUUGACAUGCUAACUGAUUCAAAACCAUCAUCAUGAAUUUUAAAACUAAAUUUUAUAACCAGUUUUGUAAAAGCAAUGAAAUCUCAAUUGUAAACUCAAAUAAAUCUGAUUGAAACAAUGUGUAAUACAUAUAAAAUCGGUGAAAAACAGUCUACGUUGCAAUAGUAUUUUAUUAAAAUGACCGGUUGUGGCCUAUACUUAGGCCAUCUUCAGACAGCACCGUCAGCUGAUGGUGCUGUCUGAAGAUGGCCUAAGCAUAGGCCGGAACUGGUCAUUUUAAUAAAAUACUAUCAUGAUCUGGACUGUUUUUUCACUGAUUUUAUAUAGAUUACAAGAUUGCUGCUUCUCGAAAAAGUUACAAAAAAUUUUGAAUGUAUAAUACAAUUCUGUUAUUGUUGGAAGCUAUCUAGGGAACAACAGUGGUACCCGAGGAGACACAAUAAGACACCAGUUCUCAGGCACUAAACCCACAUCAGUCUUUGUCAGUUAGGAAUGCAAUAAAUAAGUUUUAAAAGUA